UUCGUUUCAGUUCCCGGGAAGUUGUUUUCAUUUGGGUGAACUGUUGAUGUUUUAUCUUGCAGAGAUAUAAUUUGACGAUCCGACAGUUCGACAUGAAGAGUCUGAAGUACAGGCUGAAAAAGCACGAAGUUAACAUCACUCGCGGUGCAAGGACCAGCUCCACUCACCCAAGAUGAGCCGCUGGCUGAAAUGCACCUCCAUGCACUUUAACACAGACUGGAAUAAAUACGAUGAUCGGCUGAUGAAGGCAGUGGAACGUGGGGAAGUGGACAAGGCGGCUGCUGUUUUAAGCAAGAAGGGUAUCAUCCCAACCAAACUUGAUGUGGAGGGACGCUCUGCGUUUCAUCUGGCUGCAACACGAGGACACUUGGACUGUCUCAAUCUCAUCCUGUCACACAGUGCUGAUGUCACUGCAACUGAUGCCACUGGUAAAAAUGCUCUUCAUCUGGCUUCCAGAAAUGGACAUUCGCUGUGUGUGCAAAAACUCCUUCAGCAUAACUGUCCAGUUGGAAAUGUAGACCUACAAGGAAGAACAGCUCUACAUGAUGCUGUCAUGGCAGGCUGCUCAUCCAGUGUGAAACUUCUCUGCGACAGUGGUGCUUCUGUCAAUGCCAGUGAUUUUGAUGGAAGGACUCCUCUGGUGCUUGCAACCCAAAUGUGUCAUCCACGCAUCUGCCAGCUGCUCGUAGAGCGAGGGGCUGAUAUCGCUGUGCGGGACAAACAAAAAAAAACAGCACUCAUUCUCGGUUGCGAGUAUGGUUGCAAAGAUGCAGUGGAGGUGUUGUUAAAGAGUGGUGCCGAUGUGAAGGACGUUGACAGCUUAGGUCAUGAUGCUUUCCACUACGCUCGCCUCAGCAAGAACCAGGAGCUUGUUACUUUGGUCAAAAGCAGCCUUGAAAAAGCCAGCAAAGAAAACGAGGCUGCAAAAGUAGAACAGUGGAGGAGACAGCAGUCUGUGGAGCGCUCGGACAUUAUGGAAGCUAACAGAAGGGAUUAUAUUAUACAUGACCUGGAGAGGCAGAAUGAGUCCCUGCAGGAAAGUCUCAGAAAGUACCAUACAGAGCAGCGUGCCCUAUUAGAUAAGGUCACUGUGUUACAACAGCAGCUCAUACAGGAAAAGAAGACUGUAGAAGACAAUCACAAAGAGAAGGAGCAAUUAAAGGUGUUACUUAGUGCCAACGAACGAGAAGGGUCACGAGGCUUGGAGACUGUCAAGGUUCAGCUCAAAAGCACUAUGGGGGACUACUCUGGACAGUCUGUGAUUAAAGGAAAAGAGAACAUGUUGGUCAAACAAGCUUAUAGCCUGGAUUCAGAUGAGAAACUCCAGAAUCCAGCAAUGUCACGUUCACUGUCCAGAACAUUAGAGAAGGGUUUCUCUGGUGACCUUGAUGUUCUCCGACAGGAGCUUGAGAUGCUCAGAAGAAGACAACAAGCAACCGAGGAGGAGCGGGUGCGACUUCACUCUGCUCUGAGCCGAAAAAGUCGAGAGUGCCAAGAACUGGUUCAGAACAGAGAUCUCAUCCAGAAACAAGCUGACCAGCAAGUUCAAGACCUUGAAGAUGCUUUGGGGGAGGUCCAGAAAAGGAUGAUUGAUUCUGAAUGCAAGGUUAAACAGCUGCAGGCACAUGUGGUUGCAGUGAAGGAACAUCUGGGAGGCCAGGCCACAGAAGAGCUUCGUGCUCAAAUUCAGGAUAUCAAAGCCAAGUAUGAAGGGGCCUCAACUGAGGUGGGUCGAGUUCGUAAUCGUCUUAAACAAAGUGAGAAGGCUUUGGAGGAGUACAAGAACAGUGAAAGUCAGCUGGCAGCUGAAACAGAACGGUUAAAUGAAGUCCUCGGAGCUGUGACUGCAGAGAGAGAUGACCUUUCAGAAACUAUCCUUGCAAUGGAGACUCAGUUGAAGGAAGCCCAUUCUAAGCAGGGUAACAUGGUGCCAGCUGAGAAAUUUGACAACAUGAAAAACCUAUUGACCAAUGCAGUCGAUGAAAAGGAACGGCAGCUUUCUGAGUUAAGAGACGACUAUGAUCGUGUCCUCGAGGAGGUGGCAGCGCUCCAUCGAAAGCUAGAUAAUCCAAACCUGGGAGGAGUAGGGGCAGUGCCCUCUGAGGAACAACAAAGGACACAGGCUGCCCUAGAAGAGCAGAACAUCUCACUGAAGAAAAAACUCCAAGAUGUCACUGCAAAAAGCCAGGCACUUAUUCAUGAGAUGGAGGAGAGUGAGGAAGACCGAGAGAUACUACAAGAGAAGCUAGAGGAGCUCAAUAGCAGGCUUGAGGCCGACUUCAUGCCAAUCAAGGAACAUGAGGAAGCUCGAAUGAGCAUGAUAUCAGCUGUGGAGGACCUAGAGGAUAAACUGGUGGAAGCCAAUGAACGUUUUGGCAAAGCAGAGGCACAAGUCCAACUGCUUCAGAUCGAUAAGGUGUUGCUUCAGGAGACUAUUGACAAUCUGCAAGAGGCCAGUGAGAAACAGGAGAGUGAAAUAGAAGCCCUGAAGACCCAGAAUGCUGAAGUGAUGAAGAAAUUUGAACUUUUACAGACAAAGUGUGAUGACAGAGACAAGAAAUGUGCGCAGCUGACAGCACAGAGUCAGACUUUGAAACAGAGCCUCGAGGGAGAAUAUGUGCCGAGACAACAGUAUGAGCAACUGAGGAAAGAGUUAACCUCUACUUUAGAGUGUAUUAAGGCUGAGAACUUAAAUUUGGAGUCCACUGAUAAAGAAAGUAAAGAAGAAUUAAAGAAUGUGAAAGAAGGAAAUGCUAAGUUACAGAAAAAGUUGGAAAAGGUACUGUUAGAGAUAAAAAAUGAUUAUAUGAGCAUGAAGGAUCACAAAUGUAUUACAGAAAAGAUGGGUGCUGCUGUGGUGCAGGCGGAGAAUAGUGCAAACCAACUGUCAGCAUUGCAUGUAUUGGCCAAGGAGGAAAAUGUGAAGUUGACACAAGAACUGGAAGCUCAAAAGAAGGAACUUGACACUAUAAUGGAGGCUAUUCAGUCCAAGUUCAUCCCACUGACAGUCGCUGAGGAAAAUGAAAACUCCUAUAAGAACCAACUAAAGGAGUUGAAGGUUGAACUGUUAGAAAUGGAGGAUAAGUACAAAAAAGAGAAGUCUGAAAGAGAGAAUAUUAAAGUGGAGAAAGACAAACUGAAAAUUGAGAUUGGAUCUGUUCAACAAAGACUUGACUCUGCUCUCGUUAUCGGUGAGACACACAAGGGCUAUGAGGAAGAGUAUGAGGCAGUCUCUCGCAAGUUAAGCAGUUUGGAGGAGAAGCACAUUGAGAUAAAUCUUCAGAAAGCUGAGCUAGAAGACCACAAUGCCCUGUGCAUCACUCAAAUCCAGAAUCUCCAAGAACGUCUAAAAUCAGAGUUGACUCGAAUCGCAACCUAUGACACCGAGCUCAAGGCCCUUCAUGAUGCAAUGCAGCAAGCCCAGGCGGAUUGCAAGAAAGCAUGGGAUGCUCAGCUGGUGGAGGCCCAGAAGGUUUGUGCUCUGCAGAAAGAAGUUCAGGAACUCCACAGAGAACAGGAUUCUCUGGUGCAGCAGCACACAAAGGCCAAUGAAGCCCUGGAGGCUGAAGUCACUGAGCUCCGAAUGGCACUCCAAAAAGAGGAAGAGAGUAGUGGCCAGAGGGCUGAGGAUGUUUCAGCCCUACAAUCUGAACUUCUUCAAGCCAAUCAGGCUCUCGAAGAGCUUCGCUUCAAAGAAGGUCAUAUAACCCAAAUGAAGAAGGAGAAGCAGCACCUCGAGGCUGAAGCUACCAAUUUGAGCAACAAACUGUUGAGCUUAACAGAAGAAUAUAAAGCGGUCCACCAGGAGGCCACUCAGGCAAGGGAGAGUGAAAGCAAGGCCAGGAGGGAAAUGGAUGCUGUCCAUGAGAAAGGACAGGCCAUUGAACGUGAAAUUAGGGAGCUGAAAGAACGCUACGAUGAGUCACUCACCACAAUCGGUGAUCUUCAGAGGAGGAUUCAGAUGUCAUCUCAGCUGACUGAAGCCAAAGACAAGAAGAUCACAGAAUUGCUGACUGACGUGGAGCGACUGAAGCAAGCACUGAAUGGUUUGUCCCAGCUGGCGUACACAAGCAACGCCCCAAGUAAAAGACAGACACAGCACAUCGACACUCUCCAAACCCAAAUCAAGAACCUACAGCAACAGCUGGCUGAUGCUGAGAGGCAACACAGGGAGGUUGUUUCCAUUUAUCGAACUCACCUCCUCAGUGCAGCACAGGGCCACAUGGAUGAGGAUGUCCAAGCUGCCUUGCUCCAGAUCAUCCGCAUGAGACAAGAGUUUGUGUGCUAACACUUACUUCCGCAUAAUGUGAUGCUGCAGACUCAAAUUCAUCAUUCCCACUCCUCCACGGCACCGUCACGCUUCAGACUGCAUAAUGUCGGACACAUGAUAGUUCUCCAAAUGGUGCCAAAGUCAGCGUGAAUAACAUUUACAGAUAGGUCUCCUACUAAUAGUUAACAAGGGUGCACACGUAGCCAUUGGUCGCAGUUUAAUUUUUUUUUUCAAGUGUGACUUAACACAUGACUUGUGGAAAAAAAACAGGAAGUUUACCUACCCCCCACAUUGUGUGUUGUGUCCUGCAGAUGAUCGGUAAAAUAUAGCACUCACAUAAUAAUACCUGCACAAAAUUUAUUAAUUCUGUUUCAGUGCUGUGACUAACCUGUUAGAGGUAGCAUGGUGCCAUUGCCAGAAAAUCCAGAGAGCAGCAGAAGAAAUAGAAGAUGGCAGAACACCCCCCACAUUGUAGAAUAACAGAUACAUCAGACAAUCAGGUCUUUGUGGAUUUCAAAUUAGAAGAGGGGAAAAGUCUUGAAGUAGGAUUAUGCCUGAUUUAUCUGUAUGAUCUACCUUAACAAAACAGCACAGCAUUAGUUCAGUAUGGCUACCAUGAAAAGGAACUAAAGUGACAGCAUUUGAUGAAAUCCAUUUGAGAGCGAUUCUAAUUUAUAUUUACAGUUAAUUCCUCGCAGACGCCAUCACUUCUCACACACCAUCUUUGCACUCAGCCCUCAGACAGGACGUUUCCUGUGUGCUCUCAACUGGAAAUUUAAUGAUUGAACACUGGAAACGCAGAUAUGUAUAUUCAAAAUUACCUGUGUAGGUUGGAUCCUCAUAGCUCAAUACUGCAUGUCUCCUUAAUCAGCAUCGAGAACGUGAAAAGCCUCAGUGACAAAAUGUUGUGUACAAAUUGUGGUUCCAGAAGUAAUAAUGCCAAAGCCUUGUGGGUUUCCAUUUUGCACUAAAUUGGAAGAGAGAAGCAAAGGGAGAUGCCUUCCAUCACCUACCUGAUAGGCAUUUCUUGGAAACAGAUUAGGUUGGUUGCUUAAGGUCUUUUUUGACAUAAUAAUACCAAAGACAGCAUCCAAAACCUGAAAAUAACUCACCAUAAUUGUGGCUGGGCUGCUGUCUUCAUUUAGUAAUAACAAUGGUUUGUUGUUGUGGGUAAUGUUGUAUUUGAGUCAUGGAGCUGCGUGUGUGAGAUAGGAGCUUUCUCGCUGUACCCUUCAGUUUUUGUGGUGGCUGGGAAUCUCCUUGUUGAAACAUGAGGGCCCUCUAGUGGCCAAACUUGGCAGGCCAAGUUAAUUGAACUUCCAACUUCAGUAUGGAGGGGUGGGCCGCCUUGUUGUCUUUGGAAGCUGCUUGUAUGAGACACCUUGAAAAAAAAAUCUAAAAUGAAAACUAUCGCAGCUCCCUAGGACAACAGGUAAGCAGCCUCCCUCCCCCUGAAGUUGCUGUGUGUGCUCCCUGUGGAUUGUCGAGUGUUGUGAUUAUUGAGCGAGUCUCUUGUGCCUUUUCACCGACUUUUUCAUUGCUUUGUACUACUUUGAUGUCUUUCCUAAAGUGUGACAGUUUCAACGUUCAGCAGGUCUGGAAGUAGAAAGGCACAACACAAGUGUUGUGUAAAUAUCUGCUGUAUAGGAUGGCAUUCUAUAUGAAUGGGGAAAUUUAAAAAAAAAAAAGAUGCCAUUCGUCAACCUCUUAAAAAUGUGUUCUUUGGAAACACUCCUGUCUUUUCUUGUGAGCUUAAUACGGUUAACAAGUUCCUCUCUGUUUUUCUACUUGGCCAAGUUUCAUCAGAUUUGUAGGCUGCAAUUUACCCCUUCCACCAACAACCAAUACUGCAUUUAAUCUGUUAAUACCAAUAUUUGUGUUUGUGACUCAGUUCGACUAAAUCAAUAAAAGUGUCUA